AUGGUUACACGCGACGCUACACCCGCGGCUGGUGAGGAAAGCCCGCUGCUGAGGGACGAUGAUAGAAGCUCGGGCACUUUAAGAGACUCCCAAGAUGAAGAUGAGGAAUUGGCAGAUCCGGAUAAAGCGAAUCAGUAUGUUGGAACGGGGAGGGGAGUGCUGAUUUGUCUGAGUGUUUGGGGAUUGAUCUUUUUGCAAGCUUCAAAUAUGUCGGGGAUAACGACUACACAAUCAAAGAUUGCCGAAGACCUUGAUGCUUUUGCGAGUGCAUCGUGGUUUACUUCCGCUUAUCUAAUAGCAAUGUCCUCUAUGUCUCCCUUGACAGCUCGCCUCGCUCAAAUCUUCUCUCCGAGAAACUGUAUUUUCAUUGCGUCUCUCCUCUUCUCGCUUGGAGGAAUAGUCACUUCUCAAGCUCCUAAUCUUAGAGUCUUCUUGCUCGGAAGGGCAAUCAGUGGUAUGGCAGGUGCUGGCAUCAUGACCAUUUCAUUUAUCUUAGUCUUGGAGUUGAGUGGCAAAAAGAGGAGAGGUUUGUUUAUUGGGUUGGUAAAUACAGGAUUUACCACUGGUGUCAGUCUUGGAGCUGUUAUUGCAGGUGGGCUUUUGGAUGUUACUGGCUGGAGGUUUCUGUUUUGGAUUCAGAGUCCCCUGGCUGUCAUCGCGGGGGUAGGAAUCUUCUUCAGCAUACCAAAAACUUUCACUUCAGGACAGAAGGAUAUUGGCGAUUUAUCUGUCUCUCAAAAGUUGGCGAAGAUCGACUAUCUAGGUGCUGCUCUUCUAUCGAGCACGAUUUGCCUUUUCCUUUACGGCAUGUCCUUCGCUAAAAUACUAUAUAUUCCAAUCGUCGUUUCUGUCGCUCUCCUUGCUCUCUUUGUGGCUGUUGAGCUACGAUUCGCCAAGGAUCCUAUCAUUCCCAUCUCCGUGCUCAAAUCUAGAGGCGCACUUUUUUCCUGCAUUGCUCAGCUCGGGAUCAUGGCUGCUAGAUGGAUGGUCUUGUUUUACACGCCAGCUUACGCGAUUGCGGUGUUAGAAUGGUCUCCAGCUUCAGCAGGCACGAUUCUUAUCCCAACAAAUCUGGGAUUCGCAGUUGGCGGUGUUCUUGUAGGAUGGUUGCACAUCAAGCGCGGAGGUUCAUUCUGGCUUCCUUGUGUACUGUCAUACAUUUGUUUCGCUGCCACUCUGCUUCUGCUAGCUUCAAUCUCUGUUCCAACAACGGCACCAGCUCUCUACUUCCUCACGGUCUUCCUUAAUGGCCUAUCCACUGGCGCAGCAUUGAAUUACACUUUGGCUCAUCUUCUUCAUUUGACUCCGCCAUCAACGCACUUUAUCUCUACAUCGUUACUCACCACUUUUCGCGGGUUUGCUGGAUCUUUUGGCUCUGCAAUUGGCGGCGGUCUUUUCGUUCGAGUUCUAAAGAGCGGGCUCGAAGAAGGUUUCGAGAAAAAUGGAGGCCUAGCUGGUAGACAGAAUUUAGUUAGAAGACUUUUGGGUAGCCCGGCUCUCGUCAGGACAUUAGAAGGCGUCGAGAAGACUGUGGCAAUUUUUGGGUACACAGGUGCGUUUCGAGCACUGUUUUUGUCCGGAGUAGGGUUAGCUCUUGUGAUGGUGCUUGUACAAGCUGGGACAGGUUGGGCUGAGCCUGAAGAACUUCUCAAGGAGCAGACACCUAGAGAAGAUGGUGGUCUCUUAGGAGUUGUUGAAGAUGAGGAAUGGGAGGAAGGUAUGGAGAGGGGAGCUUGA